AUGUCCCCGACAAACUCCCCCAACCCCAUCCCUUUCUCCGAACCGCCCUACCUCCGCAACCUCCCCAGCCCCUACUACACAGAAGGCCACCUGCGGUUCCAAAAAGCCUGCCGCGCAUUCCUGUGGGAGCACCUCAUCUCGCACGCCGCAGAAUGGGAGAAGGACGGCCACGUCCCGGACCAUGUCUUCGAGACCUUCUGCAAGCAUAACAUGUUGCUGCCGAAUCUGCCGGCCCCGUUGCCGGUCGAUUGGUUGAAGCGGUUGGGGAUUCAUGAUAUUCUGGGCGUCAGGGUCGAGGAUUGGGAUUAUCUUUAUACGGGCAUUUACUGUGAUGAGAUGGCCCGAUCUGGCCUCGCUGGCCCCGGUACCAGUCUCAGUGCGGGCUUCGCGUUCGGGAUCCCCCCCGUGCUCAAAUACGCGAGUCGGGAGCUGCAAGAGCGCAUGCUGCCUGACAUGCUCACUGGCCGGAAACGCACCUGCAUAGCCAUUACGGAGCCCGAGGCGGGCAGCGACGUGGCUAACAUUACGACCACGGCGACCAAGUCUGCCGAUGGGAAGUUUUACAUCAUUAACGGGGCGAAGAAAUGGAUCACGAACGGAAUCUGGUCCGACUACACCACCAUGGCCGUGCGCACCGGCGGACCGGGUGCCGCCGGCCUGUCGGUGAUGGUCGUGCCAUUGAAGGGCCACCCGGGCGUGACAAUGCGCCGCAUCCACGUCUCGGGCACCAAAACCGCCGGAACAACCUACAUCGAGCUCGACGACGUCCAGGUGCCCGUCGGGAACCUCAUCGGCCGCGAAGGCGACGGCAUGCGAACCAUCAUGACCAACUUCAACCACGAGCGCCUGACCAUCUCCGUGCAAUGUACGCGACAGGCCCGCGUGGCGCUGUCCGCGGCGUUCGGGUACUGCAUGAAGCGGGAGGCGUUUGGGAAGACGCUGAUGGACCAGCCGGUGGUCCGGCAUCGGUUGGCGAAGGCCGGGGCGGAGUUGGAGACGGUGUCGGCGUGGAUUGAGCAGAUUUUGUAUCAGCUGUGCAAGCUGGAGAAGGUCGAGGCGGACCGGUUGCUCGGGGGUGUGACGGCGUUGGCCAAGGCCAAGGCGGCGAUGGUGUUGAAUGAGUGUGCACAGUGUGCGGUGUUGUUGUUUGGAGGCGCGGGCUUGACGCAGGGCGGGCAGGGUGAGAUUGUUGAAGCUAUCAUGAGGGAUGUCCCGGUGGCCAGAAUUCCGGGUGGUUCGGAGGACGUUCUGCUGGAUUUGUCCGUGAGGCAGCUGGUGAAGAUUUACCAGACGCAGGAGAAGAAGUUGGGCCAGGCGAAGAUUUAG